AUGGAUAUUUUGCUUCAAUUUUUUGGAAGGUCCGAAAUCUUGUCUAACGCUAGAAAAAUAAAAGAGAAAAUGCUUCAAUCAGAGAAGUUUCAAUCGAAAGGAGCAUCUAAUCAAAGAUCAAUCUUUCGCCAGUUCUACCCUAAUUUGUCAAUAUAUUUCGCGAUGCUUACAAAUCCUCACUCGAUCACAGAAGGAAAAAUCUGUAUGAAACAACGAGCGCAAGAAUCUUCCGCAGAAGAAAAUUGUUCGAUGUCUGUCAAAUUACAGACUACAGAUCUCACCAACGAUACAUCAACCAAGCAUCAAACCUAUAAAAAACCGACCCAAAAAGAAACAGCCAAGAAUGAAACAACUCCACGGAAGAAACUUGCGUGUAUUAUUAUGCCACUACUAUUUCUCAGUUCGAGGCAACGUGAAUCAACGAGGAAGGGAACAGAAAUAUUGCACGCGAACUUCUCAGUCGACUUACCGACAGCUCAAGCCAGAAGAUACUUUCCGAGCCGACAACCGCACGAGAAAUGCGAGCACAAUGCCGCGGAAGGCUUGAAGAGAGCAUCGCGAAUUUGCUAUAGUGCGUGGUGA